CUCGGACCCAAGAUGGCGGCGCCCAGACCUGUCUCUCUUGUUGAGUUGAGGUGAACUAACACCGUGAACUCCGUGUCAUGUCGAAGCUAAGCCGGGCCACUCGGGCCGUCAGGAAACCCGAGGCCGGCGGCGUGAUCCGGACCAUCGUGCGGGCGGGCCAGGCCAUGUCCGGGCCCCCAUUGGGCCCCGUCCUGGGUCAGCGAGGCGUUUCCAUCAACCAGUUCUGUAAGGAGUUCAACGAGAAAACAAAGGACAUCAAAGAAGGAAUCCCUUUGCCGACCAAGAUCUUUGUGAAGCCUGAUAGGACGUUUGAAAUCAAGAUUGGACAGCCCACAGUUUCCUACUUCCUGAAGGCUGCUGCUGGGAUUGAAAAAGGGGCCCGGCAGACAGGGAAGGAGGUGGCAGGCCUGGUGACCUUGAAGCACGUGUAUGAGAUUGCUCGUGUCAAAGCUCAGGAUGACGCCUUCGCCCUGCAGGACGUGCCCCUGUCCUCUGUUGUGCGCUCCAUCAUUGGCUCUGCCCGUUCCCUGGGCAUUCGUGUGGUGAAGGACCUCAGUUCAGAAGAGCUGGCAGCUUUCCAGAAGGAGCGAGCCACAUUCUUGGCGGCUCAGAAAGAGGCAGAUUUGGCAGCUCAGGCAGAAGCUGCCAAGAAGUGACCUCUGACCUGCACACUCCAGGAUUUUGAAGGGGUCAUCUGGGAAGGCUGUGCCAAAGCGGGCAGGGGUGACACCAACCUGAUUAUUAUUUCUCUGACUUUACAUAUUUUACUCAUAUGGAUGUGUCAGGCGAUUAAGCCUAAAUAAACAUCUUUUGUC